AUGCAUUUCUCUACUAUCGCGGCCACUACGGCUUUUGCCACCACUGCUCUCGCCGCUCCGAACGCGCAGUUCUGGUGGCCUCGUCCUCAAUUCAGCCGCCUGGUGCAAUCCACUGUAAGUGGCACCUCCGACUGUGCGGCUCCUACCGCUACUACGACUGCCUAUGUCACAGUCACUGAACACGAUCAGGUGACCAAGCCCGCCUCCUCGACCACCAGUGCCACAGUCAUUGCGGAUCCUACCGGCGGCAGCAGUACGAGCACCACGGUGAUUGUCUCUCCACCAACGACGACUGUUGUCGAUGCCUCCUCUAGCUGCGCAGCGCAGACCGCGACCAUCAUUGCGACUUACACCGCCCCAGGCUCGACCGUAACAGCUCCUGGCUCGACAGUGACCGCUCCUGGCGAGACCCUCACUGUCCCUGGCUCUACCGUCAUUCUGACCGUCACGGAGACCGCGCCUUACCUAACCAAGAACGAGACCUCUCCGGCUCUGCCCACCGGGACUCCCCGGAAGUGCAUUACACCUCAAGAAGCCGAGGAGCUCGCCGAGGUCUUCCGUCAACUCAUCCAGGACUAUAGCACUGGCCUCGCCCUUGCCGCUUUGACCGAGGACUUCGUCGACUACAGCUCGGCCGUCAACAUCCUCAUGAACAAGGGUGCUCAAUACCCCAAGAACAUCACCGGUCCUACCUUCGCCACCCGCGCACUUUUCAUGGCUGGUCAGGGCUCGCAGCCCAAGAUUCCUUUCGAGCGUCUCAACACCUUCUGGGGCUGCGAUAGCGUCAGCGUGAGAUGGUGGACCAGCCGCUCUGGCAAUGGACAGAAGACCGAGGCUGCCAUGGUUCCCGUCGUCGGCAAUGGCAUCAUGCACGUCGUUCCAUCUCCCGAGGCCAUCCAGACCUACAACGGCGUGACCUACAACUGGCGCAUCAAGGAGCUCUAUUCCGAGUUCAACGCCGCUGCUUGGCUCGUCAACUUGGGCGUCUUCGUCCCAGCUGGCCCAGUCGACUACAUCAACAAGGCUAACGCCACCAACACUACCACCAAGCGCUCCGUGGACGACUACGAGCACUUCGAUGCCAGCCUUCGUGGUGCUAUGAUUUAA